AUGGCCAAGCUAGACAUGAGAGAAGACAUCGCAAAAAUUUUGCUGGGAAUGACUGAACCUGGAAAAAAUCGACAUCAAAAGCCGUUAAAGUGGGAGGAGGUCAACAACAUUGUCUAA